AUAAAUGUACAUUUGCCGGCAGACACGAGGCUUUUAGUGACGACUUGACGAAACGCGCCGACCGUGUGCUGCGUCUUCUUCGAUGUGUUGAGAUUCCUCAAGAAGGUGUCAAGAAGAUAAUUUUCGAAAUCGAUUCGGGACCGACUAAUGAUCUUUGGUUAUUAACGUUCACCCUAAGGUAUUGAAUACAGAUAAUGGAACUUGUACGAUGGCCACGGUUCACUACUGUUAUGUCGUCUACGACGCUAUUUCUCUUUCUCUUAUCCUUCGUAAGCGCACAAUUGGAUCUACCGGGUUUGCGUGAGUCGAAUGACGACGGAUUUGGGCGACAACUUCCUUCAAACGAGCUGGACUACCGAAACAUUUUAGCGAGAUUGGAUUUUCUCGGUGCUGAACGAUGCAGUGCAAACGUAGCUGCUCAGUGGGGCUAUGAAACCGACGUCAACGAAUAUACGCAAUUGCAAGCACUCGAAGCCCAGCAACUGUACGCUGAUUUUCAAAAUCAAGCUUGGCAGUUGAUUUCUAGAAUUGAUAGCAACAAUAUAAUGGAUCCAAUAAUAAGACGUCGUCUAAGAUACCUCUCUGUGGUUGGCCCAUCGGCUCUUCCUUUAGACCAAUUAGACAGAUAUAAUCGAAUAAUCAACGAUAUGCUUGCAAUUUACAAUGGAGCGACCAUAUGCGCGUACAACGAUCCGUUUAACUGUGGGCUUCGUUUAUACCCAGAUAUCGCUGGAAUCAUGGCGAAAAGUCGAAAUUGGGAUGAAUUGCAAUACGUGUGGACGGAAUGGAGAAGACGUAGCGGUGCUCCGAUGAGAGAUCUUUAUCAGCAAUUAGUAACAUUAAACAACGAAGCAGCCAAAUUGAACAAUUUCUCGGAUGCUGCACAAUAUUGGAUGUUCCCUUAUGAAUCUGUCGACUUUCAACAAGAAAUUGAAAAUGUAUGGGAAAUUAUUAGACCACUUUAUGAGGAACUUCACGCCUACGUUAGAAAAAAGUUGAGAGAUUUGUAUGGACCUGAAAAAAUCAGUGGACACGCUCCACUUCCCUCUCACGUAUUAGGAAAUGUAUGGGCUCAGUCAUGGAUAAACAUCCAAGACAUAACAAUUCCUUAUCCUGGCAAAAAUUAUUUAGAUGUUACACCAGAAAUGCAAGCACAGGGUUACACGCCGAUAGAUAUGUUCCGAAUCGGUGAGGAAUUCUACUUAUCCUUAAACCUGAGCGCUAUGCCCCCAGAAUUCUGGGCAGGCAGCGUUAUCGUCGAUCCCGGUAAUCGUCCCUUGAUUUGUCAAGCCUCGGCAUGGGAUUUCUGCAAUCGUCUGGAUUACAGAAUCAAGAUGUGUACGAAAGUCACCAUGAAAGAUCUCAUCACCGUGCAUCACGAGAUGGCUCACAUUCAGUACUUUUUACGAUACAGUGGACUUCCUCGUGAAUUUCGAGACGGUGCUAAUCCAGGCUUCCACGAAGCUAUCGGUGAAGCCGUGGCCCUGAGUGUAGCUACGCCGCGUCAUCUUCAGACUUUGGGAUUAGCAAACAAGUACAUCGAUGAGCCUGCAGCCGAUAUUAAUUAUCUCUUCUCCUUGGCCAUGGAAAAAUUGGUCCUUCUUCCGUUCAGCCUCGCCGUGGACAAAUGGCGAUGGGACAUUUUCCGUGGCUACAUUAACCGAGAAGAGUAUAAUUGUCACUGGCACAGAUUGAAGGAACAGUAUAGCGGCGUGAAACCACCUGUCCUCAGAUCCGAAGAUGAUUUCGAUCCUGGUGCAAAGUAUCACAUUCCCGCUAAUAUUCCAUAUAUUCGAAAUUUCGUGGCUGGAAUCCUUCAGUUCCAAAUUUACCGUGCUCUAUGUCAAGCUGCGGGUCAAAGAUUCCCCGAAGAUCCACGAAGACCACUGCAUAAGUGUGAUUUUUAUAGGAGUCCCGAAGCUGGAAGACUUCUCGGAAACUUGAUGGAAAAGGGUUCGUCGAUGCCAUGGCAAGAAACACUCGAACAAGCGAUCGGAGAAUACAGAUUGGACGGAUCCGCUUUAAGAGAAUAUUUCAGACCACUCGAAGACUGGUUGAGAACAGAGAAUCUGAGGUCCGGUGAGGUUGUUGGUUGGUCUUACGAUGGCGAUUACUGCAAACGUAGUAUAGAAACAGCCGGACUACAAGUUUACGGAAGUGGCUAUUACAACUCUGCAUUUUCAAUGUUCGAAACGUCUCGGAUACUCGGAACAACGAUCAUUCUUUUAAUUGCGAUAUUCCUCAAUUAAAAGAAAUCGACGAAUUCUACAAACAUGUGAACUACGAACAUUACAAAAAAUGGAUAAGUAUAUGCCUAAGAACUAUAAAGUGAGAAAAAAGAAGUUGAAAUCAAAAGAUUCGUUCAAAGGGUCCAGUGUAAAAGAAAUGUUAAUUUCGUUGAUCAUUAAGUUUAAUAUUUCUUUAACGAAUACUCGAUGGAAAGAAAUAGAAAUACUUAAUUCUUUGAUAUAACGUAUGUGAACUUAUGUAUGUUUGUGUGUAUCACGCGAGGAUAUAAGUCUUACAAAUUGCGUUCCACGCUCAUCCGUAAUCAAUGUCUGUAAUCAUUUGUAAUCAGCACUUUUCAUUAUCUUGAUUUAAGUGUUGAUAAAACAUGAAUAAAGUUAUCGACUUUCUCAUAA